AUGAAUGUAUUUUACAAAAUAAAUAGGUUAUAUGCACAACUAGACGAAAUCCUGAAUUUCAUGUUCUGUAAUUUUGGCACCCAUACGAUGGAAGCUCUCAAACAGGAGUAUGACAGUCUUCUUAGCCAGCGCAAGGAGAAACGACCACCAAAAGGAAGAAUAAAUGGGACAUGUGAAGCAUUCUGUCCUCAUUUCGAGAUUGUUGAACGAAAACUAAGGAACGAUAUAAGCCGUUUCGAAAAAAACUUUAUGAUCAAGAAGUAUGUGAGGAGCGCAGCGGGGAGGAACAAGGCACUAGAAGAGGAUGUGCGACCUUUACAUGUUUUGUGCAGUUGCUUUGAUUAUUUGAUGGAUGUGAUCGACGAGUACUGUGAGGUUACAGGAAGGAGUAUGGAACGCGCAGGUAAACGAAUACGUGCGAGUUUGAUGGUAAAAACACAGUACGAUGCGGAAAGCAGACAUAAUUUGGCGAUAAAUGGUAUGCCAUUGUUGUUUGAAGUUUACAAAUUUGUGGAAGAUAGGACUCGCGCAAUACGUCUGGAUAUUUCGGUACAGGAGCUCUCCUGUGAGAAGACAGCGGUGCUUCUCCAGCAAAUUUGUAAUUUUCACAUAAUUUUUAAUUACCUGCUGUAUGAUGACGAAAAGUUUGAGGAGCAUUUGAACACCGAUCAAAUACGUAGAAUAUUGCUGUCGCUCAUGGAAUGCUAUAAGUUAAGGCGAAGCGUGUUAAUGACCCUCGAUCAACAGCGAUACUAUUCGUUUAGCAUAAUGUUGAGGAUAAGCAGCGACAUAGCAUGCUAUGAUGAUGAGCUGUUCAGCACUGACGAUAAGAUAGCGAACAACAGCACAGAUAGCCAAUAUGAGGUUAUUAAUGAUGCAUUUGAUCUUCUUUUGGCGGUAAAACGCGGUAACAUCAGGUAUUUCUUCAAAUUUAUGAAACGUGCCGAUUUCUUGACGCGCUGUUUGCUAACCACCCAGCUCAGAUAUGUGAGGCAAACGGCAAUGGACAUGUUCAAAACAUGUUUUUAUGAAAAAAUAGACUGUUCACUUGUAAUGAACUGGCUGAGCAUCCGGGACAUGACUUACUUUGUGGGAGAAGGUUUGACAAUAGAGGACGAAAAAUUGUGCUUUAGAGAGCGGCCCUUUGUAUCUAAGGAAGUGCACGCAAAAUUACUUCCCAAUUAUGCUGUUUAUCCGCUACCAAGUCUCAAAGAAGCGAUCAAAUAUGAUCCUUAUGAAGUGUUUGUACGAAAAUUAAUAUUUCACGAGUAUACGCAGCUGUUGCUAGAACGUUUUUUAAGCAGAGAAAACGUGCAGUACCGGUCACAGCCCGGUAUCGUGGUGGAUUUUAAUCAGGUCAUGAUAUUUAUAUACCGGAAAUACGCGUACUAUUUGUCCAUGAAGGCCGUUCUCAACUGCAUUUACCUGCAGAGAAAGGAUUUGAUCGAAAUUUGGAUGAAAAAAGCUAAGAAAAGAAGAAAUAAACGGAAAUUAUUGUUGGUGGUGCUUGAAAGGACAGUUUCAGCGGCGAUGUUCCGGCAAAAAAUCAAAAACUCGCCUUUAAAGCCGACAUUUGUGGAUUACAGACCUGACAUGAACAUUGACGAAAUGCUGCCCUAUAAAAUGACUCUUUUUGUCACGGCAAAAAAGCAUCACGAACGAAUAAAGAGUACGUUUUACAUGCUCAACAAGAUCGUAUGUACACCAAACAGUACGACAAUAAACUUAGAACAGGUUGUUGAAAGCGUUAACCACGUUAUUAAACGGAGACUGGAUGAGAUUGUGGAUGUGUCCCAAAAGGAAAAGGCAUUGGCCAUCAUGUGUAGUUUAAUAGAGAAUAAGAGGAACCCACAAUUGAAGGAUGUUAUGGUCAAAUUUGAGAAGAGAGGAGUUUUGGAAAAUAUAGACGUGUAUUAUGAGGACUAGGACAGUGUGAGCAACGUGUAUACUAAUAAAUCUGAAGUAAAUUUAUUUUGAACACCUCCUUGUCCAGGGUACACCGCAAACACAUAGCUUAAUAAAAAU